AUGUAUUGGAAAGCAUCCACUCUUCUUCUACUCGGUCAAGCCCUCGCCGCAGAGGCAAAGGCAGACAAGCGCCAGAGCUGUCCCGAGAUCCAUGUAUUCGGUGCUCGCGAGACGACUGUCUCUCCUGGCUUUGGCUCCUCCGCCACUGUUGUCGAUGCUAUCCUGAGCGCCUAUUCCGGUGCCACUUCGGAGGCCAUUGAUUACCCUGCUUGCGGGGGUCAGGCCUCCUGUGGCGGCUCCAGCUACGGCGAGUCUGUGGCUGCUGGUAUCGAUGCAGUAGCGUCGGCCGUGAAUUCGUUCAACACGCAGUGUCCAGACACUAAACUCGUGCUCGUUGGAUACUCGCAGGGUGGCGAGAUCUUUGAUGCCGCUCUUUGCGGCGGCGGAGUGCCUAACCAGGGUAUUUCGAAUACAGAAGUCCGCAUCUCCUCGUCUGCUGUCGAGAUGGUCAAAGCAGCUAUUUUCAUGGGCGACCCGCUGUUCGUGGCUGGCCUGCCAUACAGUGUCGGCACCUGUGCUGCUGGCGGGUUUGAUGCCCGUCCGUCUGGUUUUAGCUGCCCUUCAGCAAACAAAAUCCAGUCGUACUGUGACUCUUCGGACCCCUACUGCUGUAAUGGAAGUGACGAUGCGACGCAUAACGGUUACGGCCAAGAGUAUGGACAAGAUGCGCUCCAGUUCGUGCAGGGUCUGCUGUGA